AUGCUCCAAGACUCCAGGUCGCCGAGAGCAAACACAGCCAGUGGUACUGGCGCUCCGAAUGUUGGAAGGACAAUUACCAGAAGAAUGACAGGCAAUGGAUGCUCCAAAAGAUCGGAUCGUACUUACGAAUUAGGUCUGUCGUCAGACCUGAUAAUGAACGAUUUUGACGACGAACGAACUCUAGAUGAAGAAGAGGCUAUGGAAGGAAGUGAAGAUUCUCAUAAUGAACUGUCAAAUUUACAAAAAGAAGGAGAUAUGCCAUUGAAAGAGUUACUGGCAAAGUAUGGCUACAGCCAUACUUCAACAGACAAUUCAAAUAGUUCUGAUCAGCUGGUACUGAUUCGAGAAGGCGAUGAACCAGAGUCCGGCUUAAAUUCCUCGGAAAAACCGGGAGAAAACGACGCGGAGGACUUUGAUGACGAGGAAGAAGAAGACGAUGAGGAUGAAGAUGAUGGCGAAGAUGAUGAAGAUGACGAAGACGAUGACGAGGAUGCGAAUGUGAGACGAAAAAUAGCGAAUAAAUCACAGCCGAGUCUUCGACAAUUUUACACCGAGAUGGUGAAGAAAAAAGAAGCGGAGCGAUUGAACGAAAUAGGCGCCAAGGCGACUAACGCUCGUCAUUCGGGAACUACCGGAGAUAAACACAGAGAUGACGGAUUUUGUGGCGUGUCCUAUGGGAACGUCAACAGAGACGCGGGAGACGGUCUAGUUAGUGGUCCUGGGGGAGACGCUCCGCCUGAUGGAGAAGGUGGUGGCGAGCCUGGGAAUAAUGCGCACAGUGGAGGAGGCGAUGAUAAUGACAAUGGCGCUGGCAGACCUGUUGAUGAAGAAGACGAUGAUGACGAAGAAGACGAAGAAGAGGAUGAUGACGAGGAUGGCGAGGGGACUGGAGUGUCAAGGGAAGUUGGAGUCAGCAGCGUUGGAAGUGGUAAUGUUGGUGGUGGCUCCUCGCGGCUUCUUCGCAGCGUCUCACGGCCCCAGAGCGAAGAAGAAGAUGACGAUUGUGAUUAUAGUCCUGAUGAAGAAGAGUGGAAGAAGACUAUUAUGGUUGGUAGUGAUUACCAGGCUACUAUUCCUGAAGGUCUCUGUCGCUAUGAUGAUGCUCUUCCGUAUGAAAAUGAAGAUAAAAUUCUUUGGAAUCCUACUUAUAUUCCGGAGGACGCGACUGAGGAGUUUCUUGAACGCGCUCAAUUACCCACGAAUAAAGUAAACUCUAUUCCGGCUGGUGCUCACAUUCGGGAUGAUGAACAAGCUCUGUAUUUAUUGCUCCAAUGUGGGUAUAAUCUUGAUGAAGCGCUCAGAAGACGAAGGAUGAAUGUAUUACCUCCGACAGAUGCGAUUAGUCUUUGGUCUGAAGAAGAAUGUCAUAACUUUGAGUCGGGGCUGAGAGCUUACGGGAAAGAUUUUCAUCUGAUUCAGAAAAAUAAGGUAAGAACAAGAUCUGUUGGUGAACUUGUUCAAUUUUAUUAUUUAUGGAAGAAAACUGAACGACAUGAUAUAUUCACCUACAAAGCGAGAUUAGAAAAGAAAAAAUACGCUUUGCACCCGGGUAUCACAGACUAUAUGGACAGAUUUUUGGAGGAGCAAGAGGGAGUUCGUGACCGAAGCAGCUCGCCGAAUGUAAACUGUUUGCUCCACGGCGACGCGAAGCGACAGCGAGGGAAUCCUAACAUGACAAACAAUCACAACGAGGGAGGAAAGUCAACGGAGUCGUGGGACGGCGCCACGAGUGAGGACCCUCUGGGUGAUGCCAAUAGUACGGACUCCGUAUCAGCCACGGUAACGUCAGCUACGUCGUCGCUUUUACCUCCUCCCGCUCCUCCACCUCUUAUUCCCUCGAGCCCGUCAUCAACAGCACCUCUGUCAUCGUCAUCGUCGUCGUCGACGUCGACUUCAAACGUAUUAUCAAAUGUUAUGUCUACACCCAUGGUAACUCAGCCAAACCCACCUACCGGUCCUCAAAAUCACGAAUCAUCUCAUGAAUAUCCGCCACCUUUGCCACCGUCAUCAGACAACGUUCUGCCACACUUGCCGCCUUAG